AUGGAGUUUCCAAAUCCAGAAAUGACUAAUGUUUUUAUUAAAAAAAUGGCACAAACUACAAAUUGUCAAUAUACUACAAGAUAUUGCUUAUUUUAUAUUUUUAUAUUUAUAGGGGAAGCGGAUAAAGUUAAGGCAUUAAUACGACUACGUGCAGAACUUUCUCCAUUAUUUACUGGUAAACGGAACGCUUCCAAAUAUGCAUGGGCAGUUGUUGAACGGGAGUUGAAUGUACCAUUACCUUUAUCUAAAAUAAUUAAAAAAUGGAAUAAUUUGCUGCAAGAGUACAAGGCUAUUAAAUUAUCUGAGGAGCCGAAGCGUCGGGAAUGGCCUUUCUUUACGUUAAUGGAUGUCUACUUUAGUGACCAGGUUAAUGAUCCAACUUUAAGACUAUUUUCAUCAACAAAGACACUUAGAGAAACUAUUGAUGACAGUGUGUUUGAAGAUGAUCCAAUUAUAUCAUCAGCAAUUGCUGCAGCAACAUCUGGUGCUUACAUGGAUAUAUCUGAAUUGGUACGCCGACAAAAGCAACAGCAACAACAACAGCAAUUAAAGAUGGAUAUUGAGAAUGAUGACAGUAGCGAUGAGGGUACAGGAACUGAUUUAUCAAUACCAAAUGAUUACGGAAGUAGUGUUGAAGAUUUCAAAAAACCAAUUGUUAAGUCACCUGAAAUAAUUAAUAAAAUUCGAAAACAAGAAAUGUUAUCCCCACCAAAAGAUAUAAUGCGUCAUCAUCAUUCAGAUCUGCAUCAUUUAGAAAAUCAUCACCACGUUUCCUCUCCACAGCCGCAACCACCACCACCACCACAACCACAACAGCAUCAACCACAAUCGCAACACCAUCAAAGAUCGCCAACUCCACAUUCGCAAACCCAGCAUGCAGCACCAUUUCAAACACACUAUCAACAGCAACAUCAACAACAACAACAACAUCAACAACAGCAACAACAGCUGCAACAGCAACAAAUUCAGCAAUCUCAGCAUCAUCACCAUCAACAUCAACAUCAUAAUCAACAUCAAUCACAAUAUCCGGAACAUCAAACCAUCGACCAAUAUUUAUUAUCAUGGAAUAAUUUCCAUGGGAACAUGUGCAAAGGGUUUCAUAGUCUUCAAAAAGAUGAAAAAAUGGUCGACGUAACUAUUGCAGCUGGAGGUAAAAUAUUCAAAGCACAUAAAUUGGUUUUAUCUGUUUGUAGUCCUUAUUUCCAAAAAAUAUUCUUAGAUCAUCCCUGUAGUCAUCCUAUUUUAUUUAUGACAGACGUUGAUAGUAAUCACAUGCAAGGUUUACUUGAUUUUAUGUAUAGCGGACAGGUCAAUGUAAAAUACGAAGACUUACCAAAUUUUUUGAAAGUUGCGGAAACAAUGAAAAUAAAAGGAUUGCAUAGUGAGAGUACUGCAGAGAAUGACCAAGAAAUGAGAAACAGCAGAAUUCCUCAAUCAGAAGACAAAUUUUCUCAAAACCAGGUACCCUCUUCGUCCUCAAUAUAUUCAAAUAUGAAUGGACCUUCAACAACACCAAGUCCAGUUCCAGUUCACAGCCCACAGAUUCCAAGUCAAAACUUUUUGAAUUUCCGUGAGCAUAUUCGCUCAAAAGCUGCUUUAAAUGAGGCAUAUAUAACCAAUUCAUCAAAUAAUAAUAAUAAUAAUAACAACAACAAUAGUAAUAAUAAUACUAGCAAUAGUACCAGUAAUAAUAGUAACAAUAAUAUCAGUAAUAAUAAUAAUAAUUAUUCAAUUCAACAUACAAACAGUAGUAGCAAAAUAUUAGAUGGACGCAAACAUCAUAAAUAUUUUGCGAAACGAAAAAUGUUAAUGCAUUAUAAUCAGGAUAUUAUGAAAGAAAAGCGUAAUAAAGAAUUAGCGGAUCUAGAACAAAUACAACAGCAACAACAACAACAAAAAAGUCCACCAGAACAAGUAGAUUCAUCGGGAACUACAACACCAACAUUAGUUAAUGAUAAUUUUAAAAUAAAAUUACCAGAAUUACCACCACAACAAACACAAUCGACGACUUCAGAGAAAGAAGACGAAGAAGAAGCUCUUAAUCUUGUUCAAAAUAUUAAACAAGAACCAGGUGUCGUUAAUUGUAAUGUUCGUGAUAAUACGUCAACAUCAAGUAAAGAAAGUGCUCGUUCUGAAGAAGAUUGUAGUUCAACAACACCAUCUGAUUCAACAGUAAUCGACGAAGAAGCUGAAAAUGACGCAAAAGCAGCUUUGUUACUAUAUAAAAAACGUAGAAGAUAA